AUGGAUUCUAAGGAAAAUGAAGCUGCGUUAAAUAAUAAUUUUGAUGAGUCGAUCAUUAAUUAUUCACAUAAUUCUUUAAAAAAAAUAAAAUGGGAUUCUGUAAAACAAAAAGAAGCUCACACUCUUAUUUUAAACGAUAAUGAAAUUCAGAAAAUAGAAAAUUUGGAAAGUUUUCCAAAUUUGAAAAGGUUAUUCAUCAUCAAUAAUCAUCUUAAAAAUAUAUGUGGCCUUUCGCAAUUGAUUUAUCUAGAGGAAUUAGAUUUAAGUGGAAAUAAUAUAGGAGCAAUUGAAAAUCUUAAAGAUUUGAAAAACUUGAGAGAAUUAAAUCUUUCCAAUAAUAAUAUUAAAUUAAUCGAACAUUUAAUUGACAAUACAGAACUGGAGAAAAUUGAUCUUUGUUCAAAUAAUAUUACAUUCAUAUCAGAUAUAUCUCAUCUAAAAAAUUUGAAAAAACUGUUUCUUCACGAUAAUAAAAUAACCAAUUUAAGACAUUGUGAAAAAAAUUUACCUCAAAGUAUUGAAAGUAUAACUUUACAUAAUAAUUUAAUUUCUGAUUUGAAUGAAAUAUCUCAUUUGAUGCAAUUUAAUUCCCUUAAAGAGUUAUCCAUUGCCAACAACCCUUGUGUGAAUUUAAAUGGUGAAAGCAUUAAUUUUAAUUACAGGCCUUUUAUUAAAAAUUGGUGCAGUAAUUUGUUGACAUUAGACAAUAUGCCACUGGAUGAUAUUGAAUGUCUAAAAGCAGAGUGGUUGUAUUCUCAAGGAAAAGGAAGAAGUUUUCAGGUUGGUGAUCACAAAGCUUUAGUUGAAUAUCUUGUUUCCGUCUGCCCUGUCAAAAAAGGGAAUGAUGAAACUGACGUUAAAAAAUUAAAACUAAUCUUAAGUAAGGCUCAGCAUCAUCAAAAGCAACUUAAGGAACAACUUUCAGAAGAAAACCUAUCUUAUCAAGGCGCGUACAAAUCUUCGGGGAAAAAAAAAGUUGGUCUAUCUGAUAAAAUGGUUCUGAGCUAUCAAGAUUCUUUUGUGGAUGGUAAUAAUAAAAAACCACCCGAAAUCAUGAGUAGAAGUUUAGAUUCGGGUAUUAUUAGAAACACUAUUUCAGGAAAAGGAAGCCUAGGAGGAAUCCACCAAAAUCCCUUACAAACUUCUACUACAUUUAUACCUAUUCCUGAUACUUUAAUAUCUCCCGAUUGCUGUCAUUUUAUUUCACCAGUUACUGUUUCCUCUUCAAAAUCUUCUUCCAUCACUAGUAAAACUUUUAAAUCCUCUUCAACGAAAUCACCUCAAUCAGCUUUAUUGGAAAACAAGCCUGUAAUUUUGGAUCCUGUAAAAUAUAAAAAAGGAGAAAAUUUAGAAUUUAUUAAAAAACAAGAACCUGGCAGUAAUUUAUGCUUGAGUACGCCCAUCCAUGACAAAAAUGAUUCUUAUUUUUCAACGUCAACAAGGAAAAAAGAACAAUUGAUAAAGGAAUUAAAACCAUGUGAAAAAACACUUGAAGAAAAAGAAAAUAAUAAAAGUGCAUGCAAUAGUUAUUGGGCACACCAUAAAAAAAUUGAAGGUAAAAAAUCAUAUAAAAAAAAUUUAACUAAUGAUAAAAAUUCAUGUCAAACACAAGAAUUUUACUACGCAUUGAAAGGUAGUGAAAAAAAUUUAGAAGCUAGUGAUGUUUGGAAAGCGGCCGUUUGCAUACAAAGAAGGUGGAGAGGAUAUAGAACUCGGAACUUGAAUUCGGAUGUUUUGACGGGUUGUAAAGAUAUUCAAUUGAACAGAAUGCAAGAAUAUAUAUUAAAAGCCAUCGACGAGAUGGAAGCAACCAGAAUCGCUUUAGAAGGCAGUAGAAAAAUUCAAAUAUUACAAAUGCAAGCAAUUAACGCUUUAUGGAAAAAAAUGACCGUUUUUCAAAUGAAUGAAAAUUCUGAGAAUUCAGUAGUAAGCAAACUUACCCUACAAGAAUUAAUUACAACUUGUUCCAACUUAAAAAAAGAAGUAGAAAAUCUUCAAGUCAUGGUAAAAAAAAUGCAAGGAGCAUCAUCGACAACUUUUCAAUCUGCUCCUGUGGGUACUCAAACAGAAUUAACGACUACGGAUAAUUCUCGAGAACGUUUAAGUCAUCCAGGAGGAGAAAAUCAAAUAUUUUCUUCUACUGAUUCGUCACCUCAGAAAAAAUGUGAAUUUUUAAAUUCUACAUCAGGGGAAUUAAAAGGAUGUGUUUCACCAGUUGAAUCUGAUGUAAAAGAAAUAUUUACUAAUAAAAGCUUAAAAGAAAAUAUUGAAACACAUUUAUUUUACAGAUGA